CUCGAGCAGGAAGCGAGCGGUGACAUCACUUACCAGAAUUCCCCCUCAGUACCGUCUCAACGACGAAUAGCCAGAGCGAGUCAACAGAGGAGAAGCGGAAACAAAUAAACACAGGAGAGAGCUGCUGUCUGCGAUACGCAAGUGUUUAAAGCUGAUACAUCAACCAGGACGUUGAAGGAUGUCUCUGUAUCCAUCUCUCGAGGACCUGAAGGUCGACAAGGUCAUCAGGGCCCAGGCCCAGUUUGCCCAGACUACCAACCCUAUGCCUGCCAUCACUGAGGGAACCUACCAGCCUCAGCCGGCUACUGCUGGGAUGCCAGGAUCAAGCUUGUACCCAAAUCUGGAGGAGCUGGGCGACUACAUGGGCCUGGCCCUCAACAGUGAUGAAGUCCAGAGGAACCUGGCCCUGUUGCCUGUGGCUGACAAUGUAAGUCAAGUGGCGGUGCCCUCCCUCUCAGGUGUCGGGGGCAUGGUGCGGCCGGUGACGGGGGCAGACGUCGGCGUCAGGCGGGCGGAGAUCCGCCCGGGGCUGCGGGAGAUUAUACUCUGUAAGGACCAGGACGGGAAGGUGGGACUCAGGCUCAGGGCCAUCGACAACGGAGUGUUUGUCCAGCUGGUGCAGGCUAACUCCCCCGCGGCCCUGGCCGGGCUGCGUUUUGGGGACCAGGUCCUUCAGAUCAAUGGUCAGAACUGCGCCGGCUGGAGCGUGGACAAGGCCCACAAGGCCCUGAAGGCUGCAGCCGAGACCCGCAUCGAGCUGGUGGUCCGGGACAGGCCAUUUCAGCGCACCAUCACCAUGCACAAAGACAGCUCAGGUCACGUGGGCUUCAUCUACAAGUCUGGUAAAAUAACCUCGCUGGUCAAGGAGGGCUCUGCUGCCCGUAACGGUCUGCUGACAGAGCACUUCAUCUGUGAAAUCAAUGGACAAAACGUCAUUGGACUUAAGGAUUCUCAGAUCAAGGAUAUUCUGAGCACCUCCCCGACCGCCAUGACCAUCACCAUCAUGCCCAAGUUCAUCUAUGAACACAUGAUUAAGAGGAUGUCCACUGGUCUCCUGCGGUCGUCCAUGGAUCACUCUGUCCCAGAGGUGUGAAGACCAGCAGGACGACUGUGACCUGUCAGGAUGUCUACAAUACAGUUCUUUCUCUCUCUCUGCUCUUUAUUCAUAUCUAUCUGUCUGUCUCUCUUUACUGUCUUCAUACCAAAUCACCUCCUGCGUCACAAUCAACAUCGUCGCCCUUUUCUCACCCUCAACAUAAUCUUAAAAUGCCUUUUUCUUGUUGUUCACUCUAUUCUUUUGACCUUUUCUACAUUCCCCCUCCUCUCUUUUGAUAUUUUUACUUUUUAUAUAUUAACCUUGUAGUCUCGAGUAUUACAUGUUUAUUUUUUCUGGUUUUGUAUUUGAGAUCGAGGACAGUACAAAAAUGUUUUUCAAGCCAUGAACACGAUCAUCAGUCCAGAACUUCCUCCUCGGCGUCGAGAUGAAUCAUCGGCACGUGGCGUGUUUUAAUCGUGUCAAAAUGCUGUCAAAGCUACCAGUCGGUCAUCAGAAUCCUUCAGAAUCCUUCAGCACCAUGUAGAUCACAACUGCGCUCUCUGUCCCUGCACUCGGCCCCUACAUGUGUGAACAUAAAUAAUAAGAGCUGAACAAGCACCCGGGGCCUCGUGAAAACGUUUGCUAACUCUGUUCUAUAUCCCAGUGUCAUUUUUACUUGGCCAGUAAAACUAAUAGGUUUUAGCAAAAAAGUCUUUUUUAGUUUAAAGGUGACAUAUUAUGAAAAAUCACUUUUUCAAUGUUUGUGCACAUAAAUGUGUGUAUGUGGAGUCUGCCAGCACACAAACUAUGAAAAAAGACUACCCUGUGUUUUUUUGUGAGCUGGCUAAACCCUACAGCCUGGCUCUGAACGACUGGUUCAGAUUGAUCCCCCACUCCGAGAAGGGGUGUGACAUUGCCUACAAAUUUUGAAAUCACAACAGCCUUGGCCAGCUGGCCAAUCAGAGCUGACUGGGGUUUAUCGGGAGGCGGGGCUAAAUUAAAUCCAGGCAUUUCAGACAGAGGGUGAAAAGAGGAGAUACAGGAAUGGGCAGUAUGAGAACGCUGAUGCCUUUUUUUGACAUGUAAACCUAUUCAAGUGGCAACCUAAAUUAAAAGUAUGAACCUGAAUAUGAGCAUAAUAUGUCACCUUUAUGUUAUAUGUGAAUAUUAAUGUUGAUUAUUUUGGCACCAAGAUCAUGAUAUUUUGUUUCUCUUCUUGUUGACACCCACCAUUUAUAGACCCUAGAUUCUAACAUGUACAGUAUGUGAGAGCUACAAUGUGGGAGUUUCCGCCUUCAUGAGAUGCACCAUGAGAUGGUGGUGUAUCAUCGCAUCACAUUUCCUGUCACGAUUAAACUCUGAUGUGUUCGGUGUGUACUGUAGGUACUGGGCGCAGCGUCUGCGCAAUCCAGGGGAACGUGUAGGGAGAAAGGCAGCAGUAGAUGUUGUCAUCCUAUGCGGCUGGGACUCGGCCCUGUCCAUAAACACCCUGAGAACCAUGAGAGGUUAGGCCAGAUCCUAGAUAAGUGUGUGGCAGUUGGUUUGUUUGUUUGAUGCCAUCUCGUGCUUCAAUCUGUCAAUUUCAAGGGAGCUGCUGGUAUUUGUUUGGACAGGGUCUAUGCUGGGCAGACCCACUAAGUGCACUUUCCACUACCUUUUCGGUGGUUGACUUUCCUGUGUCCACUUCAACAGAUAAAUUGGUUGUGUUCGUGGUGCCUCAUGUUAAUGAGAGAACUCAUGAAACAAAGGCGUGUGAACUGUAGGAAAACGAUCCAAUUUGAUGCUGAAAAAUUCUCUGCUCAGAUUAAAUUCCUUAACUUCCUCAAUUGAUGAGCACAGUGAGACUGAGCAGAGCUCACAGGUGUGAAUUUCUACUUGUACUCCUUUAAUUUUCUAGGUAUGUAAUCUUAUAAACAUUACUGUCAUUCUGUAAAAAAAAAGGUUUAUAUAAGAAUGAUACCAAGCUAAUAAUGUAAAACAAUUAAACAAUCUCUCUGUUCAAA